AUGGGUCGCCUUCAGGAAUACGAGGUCAUUGGGCGCCAUCUGCCCACGGAGUCCCAGCCCACUCCCACCCUCUACCGCAUGACCAUCUUCGCCCCUAACACCACGGUGGCCAAGUCCCGUUACUGGUACUUCAUGCGCGGCCUGAAGAAGGUCAAGAAGGCCACUGGUGAGAUCAUCGCCGUCAAGUCGAUCUACGAGAAGCACCCUCUCAAGGUCAAGAACUUCGGCAUCUGGAUCCGCUACGACUCGCGCUCCGGUACCCACAACAUGUACAAGGAGUACCGCGAGAUGAGCCGCACCGACGCCGUCGAGGCCCUCUACCAAGACAUGGCCGCUCGCCACCGCUCCCGCUUCAGGUCGAUCCACGUCCUCCGCGUCGACGAGCUCGAGAAGGGCGACGACGUCAAGCGUCCCUACAUCAAGCAGCUUCUCACCAAGAACCUCUCCUUCCCCCUCCCCCACCGCGUCAGCAAGAUCAGCAACCAGAAGCUCUUCAGCGCCAAGCGCCCCACCACGUUUGCGUAA